AUGGCCAUGAAGUUGCACGCUAGCAUAAGACAUGGCUUGGUGGCGCUAUUGUUGGUGAUGAUAUGCUUAUAUUGCGCCGAGGCUAAGGUACGGGCCACAGCGCAGCAACUGGAGAUAAGACAGCACCUGAAGCGAUUGAAUAAGCCUGCCGUCAAGAGCAUCAAGAGCCCAGAUGGAGAUAUCAUUGACUGCGUCCAUAUCUCUCAUCAACCGGCCUUCGAUCACCCUUUACUCAAAAACCACACUAUCCAGAUGAGACCAAGUUUCCACCCAUUAGGCCUACAUGAUGAGAAGGUGGCAUCAAAGAAGAAAACAAGCUCCAUAACUCAACUCUGGCAUCAAAAUGGGAGGUGCCCUGAGGACACCAUCCCCAUUAGGAGGACUAAGAAAGAUGAUUUGCUAAGGGCCAGCUCUAUCGCAACAUAUGGAAAGCCGAUGCACAAGACAAUCCCAAAUCCCACUUCUGCAGACCCCAAUCAGAUUCUUAUCAAUAGACGUGAGCAUGCAGCUGUUUAUGUAAGGGGAGAUAAAUACUAUGGAGCAAGGGCAACCAUAAAUAUAUGGAACCCGAAGGUGCAAACACGCGAAGAGUUUAGCACGUCUCAACUUUGGAUUACUGGGAAUGAUACGACGCAAUUCAAUAUCAUCGAAGCUGGUUGGCAUGUAGUUCCACUUUUGUAUGGAGAUAAUAAAACAAGACUAUUUACUUUCUGGCAUGGAAAUAGGAGUGUUAUUGAUGGCUGCUGGAACUUAUACUGCCCUGGGUUCGUUCAAGUCAACAAGGACAUAGCACUGGGUGCUGUCUUCGACCCUAUUUCUAGCUACGGCGGACCCCAACAUGAGAUGACUGUACUUGUGUGGAAGGGUCCACUAACAGGGGAUUGGUGGCUGCACUAUGGGGAUCAGGCUCCAUUGGGCUACUGGCCUUCUUCCUUGUUCCCUAAUUUGUCGAAUGGUGCCUCCCUAGUACAAUGGGGAGGAGAGGUUGUGAACAACAAACAAAAUGGUCAGCAUACCUCCACAGAGAUGGGCAGUGGCCAUUUCCAAGAAGAAGGUUUUCGUAAGGUACGGGCUACAUCGCAACAACUAGAGAUAAGGCAGCACCUGAAGCGAUUGAAUAAGCCCGCCGUCAAGAGCAUCAAGAGCCCAGAUGGAGAUAUCAUUGACUGCGUCCAUAUCUCUCAUCAACCGGCCUUUGAUCACCCUUUGCUCAAAAACCACACUAUCCAGAUGAUCCCAAGUUUUCACCCAUUAGGCCUUUAUGAUGAGAACAAGGUGGCAUCAAGGAAGAAAACAAGCUCCAUAACUCAACUCUGGCAUCAAAAUGGGAGGUGCCCUGAGGACACCAUCCCCAUUAGGAGGACCAAGAAAGAUGAUUUGCUAAGGGCCAGCUCUAUCGCAACAUAUGGAAAGCAGAUGCACAAGAGAAUCCCAAAUCCCACUUCUGCAGACCCCAAUCAGAUUCUUAUCGAUAGACGUGAGCAUGCAGCUGUUUACGUAAAGGGGGAUAAGUACUAUGGAGCAAAGGCAACCAUAAGUGUGUGGAACCCGAAGGUCCAAAUACCCGAAGAGUUCAGCACGUCUCAGCUUUGGAUUGCUGGGGAUCCUACGGCACAACUCAAUAUCAUCGAAGUUGGUUGGCAGGUAGUUCCGAUUUUGUAUGGAGAUAAUAAAACAAGACUAUUUACUUUCUGGACUAGUGAUAAUAAUGGUAUUAAUAGCUGCUGGAACUUAAACUGCCCUGGGUUCAUUCAACUCAACAAGGAGAUAGCACUGGGUGGCGUCCUCGAGCCUAUUUCUGGCUACGAUGGACACCAAUAUCAAAUGACCAUACUUGUGUGGAAGGAUCCAAAAACAGGGGAUUGGUGGCUGCAAUAUGGGGAUCAGCCUCCAGUGGGCUACUGGCCUUCUUCCUUGUUCCCUAAUUUGUCGAAUGGUGCCUCCCUAGUAGAAUGGGGAGGGGAGGUUGUGAACAACAACCAAAAUGGUCAGCAUACCUCCACAGAGAUGGGCAGCGGCCAUUUCCCAGAAGAAGGUUUUGGUAAGGCGAGCUUCUUCAGAAACAUUCAGAUAGUUGAUUCCUCCAACAAGCUUCAACAUCCUAAAGGGAUUGUCCCUUUCACUACGCGAUCCAGCUGCUAUAAUGUGCACAAUGACUACAAUGUUGAUGCGGGACAUUACUUCUACUAUGGGGGUCCUGGUAGAAAUCCCAAUUGUCCAUAGAA